AUGUCAUCCGAUUCAAUCAAUCCAACAUCUAUAUCAAGUCAAAGUUCUGAAAACAUUCUGAUGCUAAUGAAUGUUUUAUAUACACCAGGCUUUCCACUUCAUGCUCUCACUCUUCCACUACUAAAUGGUCGUACGAUGCAUGCGCUAUAUGCGAUCAGUUUUGUUAUCUAUUCGUUUACCAAUCUAUGCGAUUGGAUUUUUGUUUAUUUCACUCUUCGUGGCUAUAUCACAUCAUUUCCAUUAAAGACUUGGCUUGCUAUAGCACUUGUUUCGACAACAGUUUUUGGCUCUAUGCUAACAUCACUUCUAUUGGUACUUUGUAUUGAAAAUGCAUUUGCACAUCGUCUUGAUAUCGUUCCAUAUCGAAGUGGUUUUGCUAUCAUUUAUGAAGCAUUUAUACAAUGGGUUCAGGCAUUUAACAAUUUCCGAAUAACAUUCCUAUUUAUGAUUCUUCACGACAUGCCUUUGACAAUUAUGAAUUUUAUCUUUAUUACUUCCUGCCAAUGUAUUGGUCCACAAAUUUUUCAAUUACCGCUGAUAAUAUCAUCAUUAGCAACAACUAUAAGUAUUCUAUGGCGUUUAGUGAUGUUAUAUUUCGCAUAUCGUCGAAUGAUAUUUCCUUUGAAACCUUUAUCACAUGAUGAUACAUAUAUCCGACAACCAACAAUCUGUGAACAAUUGAAAUUAAAUUUGAGUCAAAAGAAUUGUGGACGUUUAAAUGAUUACGAUGAAUUAUGGCCAAUUAGAUAUAGCGUUCGAAAGAUCUAUUUACCUGUGGUAGAAGGUAAUCAUGAACAACAAAAUGUACCUGUAAAAUUUAAUGAACAAUUACAUGGGAAUGCAUUACUUAAGCUUCGAUUCUUAUUGACACCUAUUUUAAAAGUUAUUUUAACAUUUUUACUAGCCCUUAUUUUAUAUUUGUUAUCAAUAUUAACCUGUUGUGCGCCAUGCUGUUAUCAUUACAUCUGUAGCUCAAGAAGUUUUUAUCAUCGUCAUAAAUGCUCAACUUCCUUUGUCAGGUUUUUUUCACAAGGAUUCCAUUGGACAUUAUUUAUAACAUCAUUACUAUUAACAAUUAUAUUAUUUGUUUUAAAUGUUAUCUUAUUAUCAUCUGUACAUGGAUUUGGUAACAAUCAGAUACCAUUUGAAAUAAGCCAUAUUUGUGUAGCAAUUUCAUCAUCACAAAAAACGAUUCAAACAAGCAUUGAAACAAAUUCCAAAGAAUAUUUGAGUACAUCAGAAUUGCAAUACAUAUGUAAACCGAUUUGGGAGGAUGGCGGUUUCAAGAUUGGACUUAAUAGACAAGAAGCUGGCAUUUGGCAAACACGAAUAACAUUAACUGAAAAACAAAUUCUAGCUAUUUCAACAAAAGUUGAAAUGGAAUAUGAGAAUGAUCGGCAAAAUCCUUAUCAUACAUUAUAUUAUGAUUAUGUAUUAUUGCAACACAAUGAUGCAUUACCACAAAGUACUUGUAUACCUGGAAAUAAAACAGAUUGGAAAUUCAUAAAUGAAAUUAAUGAAUUAGCAUGGCCAUACUAUGCAGCAUGUGAUCGUACAUGGUCGAUUAAAUGGAUUACUUUAAUUGAUUGUAGCUUAUACAACAAUCAUGAUAAUUUAGAGAAUAAAAAUUCUUAUUUUGAUUAUGUGCUUUUUUAA